UCAGCAGUCGUGUCUUGAGAGAGUAGCGCGAGCAGAUCAGCAGCUAAAGGUAACAAACAUGGAAGGACUGUUGGUGGCAGCCGUUGCUGCGAUCCUUCUUCAAUUGGUGUACUCAUCUGGGUAUGGUAAUCAGGGUGUCGGCGGAUACCCGGGUGUAGGUGGAGACUACUACGGUAACAGGGGCAGCACGUACGGCCUGCCCGACCGUCUUCCACACGGCGUGCUGGGUCCUCUCAUCUCGCCCUACCACAACAAUAUCAACAAGGUUCACGCGCAUGGCAACAAGCACGGGAGACACCACGGCCAAAACAAUAGACACGCCGGCAACUACUACAAGGAUAACGGCUACUACAACGACAGGAACAUCGGACAGUACUACAACACGCAGUAUAACAACCGCGGCGAUAACAACGCCUACCAAAACAAAUACGCUAAAGACUUCUACGGCAAGCACUUGAACAACAACUACGUGAAGGGCAAAGCUUGGGGACACAGCUCGUUCGCGCCGACCGCCGGACUCUACUAUAGGAAGCUUUUCUCACCUAUCUCGUACAUUCCGUGGUAGACGGUGUCAAGCAGCAUGAACCCCCGAACCCUACUACUACCCACGACUGGCGAGAGACAGACCUAGAUGACAACACGUAAUGUGGCGACACCUGUCGACAUUCAUUAGCUAUAGAUUUGAUCGAGUAUCGACGUCGUUGAUGAUUCGCAACCCGGGUGACACGCUCGCGGUUUCCGGUUACCGGAAGAGACUCUGAUGCAGGUGUCAUCGUAAACAUUUCAUCGUGUCUUUAUUGCUCGUCUCUGCGUAUGCUUUCAAGCAAGCAGCAGCGAGACGAUGAGCAUUGAGUGAAAUGUUUACGCGAACUUUCUCCGUGUAAAAAUAACCAUGCAUUAUGUUAUCCGCUUGUGUAAAUCAGCUUCAUUGCACCGAACUAACCAUAAUUUUCAUCGUGAUCAGCACCACGGCCCCUCUUCAUGAUGUAUGAAACUCACACUGCGUCGUCAUUCGCGGGUAUUAUUUAACGUUUAACGUGUGAUAUUUAUUGCCUAACUUGUUAUCGGCUAAGUGCAUUUGUUAUAUAUAUAUAUAUAUAUAUAUAUGGGUUUAUACUGGGUUUGCGUGACCGGAACUAUUUGCCAAAGAUAUAACAAAGUAAAAUGGAACUAACAUCUGGAACUGCAUUGAUGAUCAACUAACAUUUACGAGGGCUCGAGAUACACAAACUCUUAAAUAUGGACUAACUGGUGCAAAUUAAUUUAAGUCGAGCUUUAUAAUCAACAUACGUUGUAUGCAUCCGGCUUCUGCGUUGUUCACUAAAACCAUGGAGAUGCCAUGCAACUAACACGAAUGAGACCUAGUACUCAUGCAGUAACAUCUGAAUUUAUAUGAUAACCUUCUGAUAUCACAUCGUAUUGCUCACACGUGGCGUAAUUGUUUUAAUGUCUGACGUUACUGUAACUGUAAGGUUAGAGCGAGUGUAAAUAAGCUAUCAUUAACAAUUAAUAAUUGUAACAUUCUUCGCGGGUUAUUUAGAGUUACAUUAUCUAAACAUCGGUUAUAGCGGAUGCUGGUAAUUAGCGCGCACGUUCCCCGGCGGCAAUACGUGUUUAAUCAUCUGUAAUUAAUUAACACGGUUAUUUGUUCGCAGUUUUCAGUUUUGCACACGGUUGCAUAGAAUUACUUGUGGUUUGGGGUGGCUGGCUAGUUCAGUGUUAAUAUGGCACAUCAGUCGCAUGUUAAUGCUAUGUCACUUUACUCGUUGUUAUCGUUUUACAGAAAUAUUUUAACGCUUUUAUAAUGUUAUUGUUACAAUAAAAUGAGUUAAAUGAAAAACA